UGGGAUUCCUGUUCGUGCUUAGCUACGUCACCGCGCUUUCUGAUUGGCUACCUGUCACAUUCAACAGGCUUCCUUCUCGCUCCCAUUCAGGGAAAAACCCACAGGCUGCAAUAAAAGGGCCAAGACAAACCAACAUGUUCAAUAUGCCCGAUUUUAGAGCGGAGCGGUCCCGACGUUCAGCACGAUCGGUUACGGUUGUCAUGUGUCCACUCCCCCCCAAACCCCCUCGGGCCGCAGUAAAAUGUCAGUCUUGACCGCGCUCCGCGGUGAUAAAAAGGUUGAGGGCCACUGCACUAACAAAUUAAUACCCAUUGACUAAGGCCCAGGACCCAUUCUUCUUACUCCUGAUUCCAAAAAAGUCUAAAAGAGGCUGCAGCUCAGGGACCGAGUUUUGGGGGACAAAUUUUUUUUUGUGUGAAGCCACUAUGGCUCUGGAUAGUUGUUAAAGACGCCCAGGUUGCUCUGAAUUUUUUUUAAUUUUUUUAUUUAAUUUUUUUUUAUCUAGGUAGUGUUUUUGUGUCUGCAAUACUUUCUCUAUGGCAUCUUCCUCCAUCCUCUAUAUGUGUGCAAGGCGUUGCCGUGUCCGCAUCCAGUCAACUGUUAUGUCUCCAGACCCACUGAGAAAAAUGUCUUCAUUGUGUUCAUGUUGGCCGUUUCGGUCGUCUCCUUGGUGCUCAGCGUGCUCGAGCUGCAUCACCUGGCAUGGAGACACUGCUGCAGGAAGUUUUUUUUCUCCUCAAAGAGUGUCACAUCUGCUAACACCUCCAUGGUCCGACAGAUCUCCAUGUCUCCACCUCGACCGUCAACCCCUCCUCCUGAUUUCAAUCAGUGUGUGACUGGCUCCUCGCACUUCCUCUCGCUCCCCUUCCCUAACAACGGACUGGCCUCUCAGCAAAACUCUGAGAACAUGGUGACGGAGAAGAACAAGAGGGCCGCUGCGGUCGAGGAGGCAAACUUUCUCCACAUGAAUUACUACUCAACCAAAUGGGAGAACGGCGGAGAUGGCCAGAUUCAAGAUGGAGUGUACCUGAGUUCUGACAGUAACAGCUACAGUCCUGAGAGCAAAGACAUGAUGUGCCUCCAGAUCCAGAGCAAUGGCCCAGAUGCGCUACUGCUGAAGGACAAGAGAAGAUUCAGCAAAACAAGUGGAACAAGCAGCCGAACAAGAGUGGGUGAUCUCUCAGUUUAGAAAUCAAACCACAUACAGACUCCAGCUACAAUAUACUUCCUACAGGUUUCAUAACUCUUGACUUUUUGUACAUUGGCUGUGAUUCCAUUGACUAUGCAAUUGAGGAUGUUGGAUUAGGAAAAUAAAUGCUUACUGGAAACAUGGCAAUUUCAAAAAACUUUAGCUUUUUCAUAAAACAUCUCUGCUCUAGGAUGACAUGGUUUUUCAGUUGUAUCAAAAUGUAUCCGUUUCCCUAAACUAUAAUGGUAAUUCUAUCUGUGGAUCAUAUAAGUUGCGUGAUCAACAACCGGAUGUUAGUACUGUCAGAAAAGACAAAGACGAUGACGACAGGAAGUGGUAGGAGGAUGAAGGC